AUGAGCCCUGUGCUGGCGAGUAUUUCCACGCCUGCCUUCCUGAGUACGCACCUGGCCAAGCUCAACCGGGCGUUCCAUGUGGAUGCUGCUGCGGCUAAGGGCCUUCCUAGUGUUAAUAUCACCUUUGUCGAUCCCGAUGGGAGUAAGAAGGUCGCGAAGGCUCCCAUUGGGUGGUCGUUGUUGGAUGUGGCCCAUCUGAAUGAUGUUGAGCUUGAGGGCGCUUGCGAGGGGCAAAUGGCAUGUUCUACUUGCCACUGUAUUCUAUCGCAAGAUCUUUUCGAUAGCCUUCCUGAACCCACUGAUGAGGAGGAGGAUUUGCUCGAUCUCGCACCGGGCUUGGAGGACACUAGUCGUCUGGGAUGCCAGGUUAAAGUAACAGAAGAUAUGGACGGCCAAGAGGUGAAGCUACCAGCGUCAACGGUGAACUUCUACGUCGAUGGUCACAAGCCUACUCCUGACUAG